CGUCUCGUCCCCCUCGCGGUAACGUAUUUAAGCGCGACUCGAUCUUCGGCUAGCACCAGUCGCACCCGAUCUGACCAUCAUUGACCAGUCAACCGGCAAAAUGAAACUCGCAAUCUGUUUAGCAGUACUUGCUGUGUGCGUCACCGUCUACGCCAGGCCUGAUGAGAAGUACACCACCAAGUACGAUAACAUAGACCUGGACUCCAUUCUCAAGAACGACAGGCUGCUCAGGAAUUACGUGGACUGCCUGUUGGGAAAGAGGAAGUGCACCAAUGAUGGAGAAGAGCUGAAAAAGAGCUUGCCUGACGCCAUCGAAACUGAUUGCUCAAAAUGCAGCGCAAAACAAAAGGAUGGAGCCAAGCAGGUCAUCCACUACUUGAUCGACCACAAGCGUGACUGGUGGACAGAACUGGAGAAGGUGUACGACCCCGAGGGCUCAUACAUUAAGAAAUACCAAGCUGAAAUCAAGAAGGAAGGUCUUAAGUUGUAAAUUGUGAUAUUAUGGUUUUGUUACUUUUUGAUAGUUGAUAAAUAAAUAAUGAUUAAUGAUUUCAACCUUCUAUAGUUACAAUGACUCUAUCAAUGAGUAUUCGAAAUAGCCGAUUUGGCACAAAUCAAAGUAGGCACUAUCCUCUGAUGAAACCUGGCUUGCUUGCAUAGUGCUCAAGUAAAAAUAUUCGUGUGCCAAAUUUUAUGAAUACAAGUUUAUAACAUAUGUUCAAAGCUCAAGAUGCCACCUUUUUAAAUUAUAGAAAGUUUAAUAUAAGGUGCCUGAGGUGAGUAAGGUCCAGCUAACUUUAAAGCUAAAAAACUCAGGAAUUAUAUCAAAAAAUUGAAAAAACGUAGUUCAG